AUGGGUAUCCUAGGUCCUUCCAAAGAGGAAGAAGAUGCUUUGAGAAACGCUCAAUCAGAACUAAACAACAAUAAUAAACCUUAUAAUCAUUCUAUUGCUUCUUCAAAUAAUUUAUCCACAGUAAAUACAACAGAUUAUGAAAGUGCAUUGGAAAAUCCUGAAAGUGAUUUAGAAAAUGAUAAUGAUCAUGAUUCAACUCAACAAGCCAUAACAAGAACAUCAAGUACUGCAACUUUACAAAAAAAUCAAACCAUAUCAUCUGCUGAAACUUUUGAAAAACCAUUCAAUCCAAAUGAUGAAAAAAAUCAUUCAAGAAAUCAAUCAGAUUCAAUUGAUCCAAUACCUAUUCAACAACAAGAUUUCACUUCUAAAAUCCCACCACAAAAUUCUUCACAGGAAAAAUUAAAUCAUAUAACUGGUUCAAAUUCAAGAAGAAACUCUACAAUUUCUAAAAAAUCAAGAAGAUCAUUCACAGAAGGUGAAUACGCAUCACCAACAAGAGAAUCAAGAGAUCUUACCAAGACUGAAGGUGAAGAAUAUUCAGAAGCCUUACAAAGAACAUUAUCAAGAAAAUCACUAAGUCAUCCACACCAACCACAACAAGAUGAAAUAAUUGAAGAUUCAAAUGAAAUUGAUCCUGCUACAUUAGAUUGGGAUGGACCAGAUGAUAAAGCAAACCCAAAAAACUGGCCAACUUGGAAAAGAUGGGCUAUAACAAUGGCCACUGCGAUGAUUUGUUUAGAAGUUUCAUUUGGUUCUUCAUUAUACGUUGCUGGUGUCCCAGAUUUAAUGAAACAAAUGCAUAUAUCUCAAGAAUUAGGUUUAUCAGGUUUAACUUUUUAUUUGAUUGGUUUAGCUUUUGGUCCUGCUUUAGCCGCACCAGCUUCUGAAUUAUUUGGUAGAAGAAUUGUUUAUAUCACUUCAUUACCAAUCUCAAUGCUUUUCACAAUGGGUGUUGGUCUUAGUAAACAUAUUAGAGAAGUUUUAGUCCUAAGAUUCUUUGCAGGAUUUUUCGCUUCACCAGCAAUGGCCGUUGCAGGUGGUACUAUUGCAGAUAUGUGGGAUUUUGAAAUGAUGGGUCUUGCAAUGGCUGGGUUUUGUCUUGCUCCUUUCAUGGGUCCUGUUUUAGGUCCAGUUAUUGGUGGAUUUGUUGCAGAAAAUGAAACUUGGGAAUGGACAAUGUGGGUUAAUUUAAUGUUUGCAGGUGCUAUAUUAUUACCUGUUUUAGUAUGUCCAGAAACUUAUAAACCUGUAUUAUUGAAAAAAAGAGCUAAAAAACGUGGAUUAAAAUUACAAAAACCAAAAAUAUCAGGUUUAGAAUUUUUAAAAUUUAUAUUCUUUGUUACUUUAAUGACUCCAAUCAAGAUGUUAUUUGUUGAACCAAUUGUUAUGGUUUUUUCAAUUUAUAUUGCAUUUGUCUUUGCCGUGCUUUUCGGGUUCUUUGAAGCUUAUCCAAUAAUUUUCAGAGGAACUUAUAAAAUGUCAUUAGGUAUUUCAGGUCUAGCAUUCUUAGGUGUUGGUGUUGGUCUUGUCUUAGGUACAUUAUUCUAUGUCGUCUUAGAUAGAUUUAAAUAUUUCAAGAAAAAUCCAGAUGGAACUCGUGGUAAAAGAGAUGAUCAAAAUAGAUUAAUCCUAGAUGCCCCAGAAUCAAGAUUAAUCAUAUGUAAAGUUGGUGCUGUGGCAUUACCACCUUCAUUAUUUUGGUUAGGUUGGUCUGCAAAAGAAGAUGUUCAUUGGAUUUGUCCAAUUAUUUCAGGUGUCUUAUUCGGAUUUGGUUUAAUUUUAAUCUUUUUCACAGUGGUGCUUUAUUUUUCAAUGGCUUAUCCUCCAUUAUCAUUAGCAUCUGCUCUUGCUGCAAAUAAUUUAUUACGUUAUGUCCUUGCUUCAGUUUUCCCAUUAUUUACUGUCCAAAUGUAUGAUAAAUUAGGUAUUGAUUGGGCUUCUUCAUUAUUUGCUUUUAUUGCAUUAGCUAUGGUUCCUGUUCCUUGGGUUUUUGAAAAAUGGGGUCCAGCUUUAAGACAAAAAUCAAGUUAUGGUUAUAGUGCAAUGAUUGCUAAGGAAAAACAAGAAAAUGCCAAAUUUGAAGCUGAAGAAAAUAAAGAUCAAGGGGUUAGUUCAAGUGAUAGUGAACAAAAUUUUAAUAGAGUAUAG